AUGUAAUAGAUUAAAUAAUACAAAGAAUUAGAAGAAUUUUUAAACUCUUCACUUUAAUCUCAUUAGGUUCUCCAUAUUUAUCUAACUUUCAAUAAAAUUGAAUCAACAGGUGCAUCAGGCUUAGGUUCUGCUUUAGCAAAGUGCAUUAAUCUCUCAAAUUUGACACUUUAUCUUAGUGGAAAUUAUAUUGGUCCAGCAGGUGCAUCAGGCUUAGGUUCUGCUUUAGCAAAGUGCAUUAAUCUCUCAAAUUUGGCACUUUAUCUUAGUGGAAAUUAAAUUGGUGAUAAAGGUACAUCAGGCUUAGGUUCUGCUUUAGCAAAGUGCAUUAAUCUCUCAAACUUGACACUUGGUCUUAGUGAAAAUUAAAUUGGUGAUGAAGGUACAUCAGGCUUAGGUUCUGCUUUAGCAAGCAUUAAACUCUCAAAUUUGACACUUGAUCUUCGUUUGAACAAUUUGAAUGAAUAAUAAAAAUUCAAAGUAAAAAGUAAGUGUGUUAAAUCAAAAAGAUUAGUCGUCUUUAAAAUAUAACUCUGA